AUGAAAAUCCACAUCUUUGCCGCUCAUUUUCUUGCAGUCGCAUCCAGCGCCGCCUUUCUCAUCACAGACGAAGGUAGACAGUUCGCCAAGGGUACUGAUGUUGCCAUCACCUGCCAGACAGAGGGCACACACAUCAAAGGCAAUGUCCCCUGGGACAAGAUGACAUUCGGGUGCUACGUCUCCGAUUACUACGUCGCUACAGGAUCAAGCAGAUACGUGACUUCAAAGUGCCAAAACGAUCCGACUGGCAAUCCGACGGUUGGGUAUGGUCAUCUCUGUGACGCGGCCCAGUGCAGUGAAGUCAAGUAUCCCAUCCCGCUUUCUAUAGUGAACGGCAAGAAACUUCUAGCAGAUGGCAUGAAGGAGUUCGAAAUCUGUAACCCAGCCAUGCUGAACAGCAAAGCGAAUCUUAACAGGAACCAAUACGGUGCCCUCAUAAGUUGGGCAUUCAACAUGGGCCGCGGCAAUGCUGACUCGUCCACUCUUGUUGGACGUCUCAACAACGGGGAAGACCCAAAUACUGUGAUUUCGCAGGAACUUCCCCAAUGGGUAAUGCCAGUGGCCAGAGACUUCCGGGUCUAG